AGAGGCUUUUAACCGUUUCCAUGUUUUCUUGCUUCUUCAAAACAGAGUUUUAACGCUGGACUCAGUCAUCAUAUGAUAUAUUGUGCUUAUAAAUGUCCUAGAGGUGAUUUUCUGGUACAGUGUGUGUUACAAAGAAGAAGUUGUUUAACCAGGAUUUUAGGUGAAAUGUGAAAGCUGAGUUAAUGAUCUGAAAGAGAGAAUGGCUCAGAUAUCUAGUAGUCUUCAGGAAGGACACAGUGAGGAUGAACACAACAACAAAACACAAACACAUCAUCAUGCUGCAGACAGAGCACCACCGUCUGCUGGGAAUGACAGCUCUAAGCUUCAAGUCUCAGAUACUGAACACGUCACUUUGAGAAAACCAAACACUCCUCCAGAAAUACUGUCUGGAAAAAAAUAUUCCUCAACAGACAAACACAAUGGUCCUCAGUACCAGCAGCUGUUUAUUAAGUCCCAUCAGAAAACAGAUCCUCUGUUUCAGAGGUGCUUCAGUACCAACUCUAAGCUCCCCCUGAGACAGAAACGCGACAGCUGGAACUAUGAAAAUGAAGAUCAUUUUAUAGCAUGUCAGGAUUUUACCUCUCGUUCUUCCCAACGCCUCCAGCACCUAGAGCACACUGUACUGAGUCUCAGUUCUCAGUGCCGUGUACUGCAUGGAUCAGGAGGCUCUCUGAGAGGGUGUAUUAGAGGACUGUCUACUUCAGAAGAGGUGGAAUUUUACUAUCAUCCUCAGGCAGCAGUCUUUAGCCAGCAUUAUGCACAGCUCCAGCACCUUCUGGAACAACGGGCUCAGCUACUCUUUCUCCACGAGUAUGGCCGUCGCUGUCGUGCAGCUAACUGCUUUAUAUCUCGAUUGGGUGAUGUGCUGGGGAAAGCCCGUCUCUUAGCCAGCAGGGUUCAAAGUUCAAAUGAACAAGUUAAUGCUUCCUGGGACCUGGAUCUUAGGGCUAUGUGUGAGGAACUGCAGGUCCACCUUGGCCACUGGGACAUGCUGUAUGCCAGAGUGUGCUCAGACCACUUCUUGCAAACUGUUCUUUUUAGCCAUACAGAGAUGGUAGGUUCAAUGCAGAGAGGGCUGUGGUUACUGGGACAGCAAGCCAUGCUGCUGAUUGAGAAUUGCAUGCACACAGUGAUUAAAGCUUUAGCUGCUACCCAGCUGGCAUGUGUUCCAAGAGAUGCCUUAGAGGACUUGCUGUCUGCUGUAGAGCUAUAUAAUCAUGUCAUAGCAAAACCAAGGGCCCAGAAAAAAGCUGAAGAUUGGAGUUUGCAGACUUUGUUCACGUCCGAUUGUUCUCACAUGAGGUCAGGCUUGCCCAGGAAGCACGUCAGACCUGGAGCAUUGUCUGUGGUGGAAAUCUUGAGGAUCACGGCGCAGCUUCGAGCUCAAAUUGCAGCCAUGCAGCUUUACAGCUGGACAUGCCAGCAAACUGAUCUUUUUUCUCUUUCAGGAAAAACCAGCAUGAAAUGGGGGUACUGGGAUUGUCCCAGUCUUCUUAUUCCACCUGCUUCAGGUCAACCAAUCCUAGAUCAGUCCCCUAAGAAGACACUCAACAGUUUUUGGUCUUCCAACUUGCCCUUGUUUAUGUUUGCUCACCAAGAUCGAGAGGACAUUAUGGAAACUCUUUUUCAUGUCUUGGUAUCCUCAACAGACCUCUUAGAUCCACACAUUCCCAAAAGACCACAAUGGGAUAGGAAUGUUUCUGCAGAGAAGAGCUGCAGAGCCAGUGGGCGAGAAGAAAAUAAUUAUCCGGAAAAAUGUCCCUCUCGUAUUCAAACCACUGAUAAGCAGAUGGACCUGAGCAGCUUGGAUGCAUGUGUGGCACUUUUCUGUCAGUACAGGGAUAUACUCUGGAGGGAAUUUGGCAAAGCACUUAUCAAGCUUUUUUAUUACCCGUCUCACAGCAGUAUUUUGGGGGGCAUGAACCAGUGGAAUGAUCAGAGGAUGUUCCUUCUGUUCGGAUGGCUGAUGCAAGCUUGUAAAGAAGAUUUGGUUCCAGCUGAAUGCAAGGAUGUCUUGAAUAAAUUCUGCUCCCAUAUUUUAUCUACUGCUGCCUUUGUGCACUGGGAUGCAACAAUGUGUGAGUCACUGGGUUUAGGGAUGAAGGAUAAGUGUUUACCGAGAGCCAUGAGGGUUCCUUCUUCUGUAAGAACCGCCACCAUGGAUCUUUCGCUCCAGCUUUUCCCUCCUCUCCUGUCUGUGCUCCAGCUACUGCAAACCACACACACAAACUUAGGAGAGAUAGCAACCAGGAGCCUUGGUUUGUAUCAUCUUGGGUUGCUGUGCAGGGCUCAAGCCACUGUCCAGUCCUCUACUUUCUGGGUUGUGAGUAAGGCCUACCAGUUUCUGGCCUCAUGGUCUCUUACUAAGUUUGUGCUGGUCACACAAGGAGAUCUUAAGGCUCUCAGGGAGGCGGUGGAGAGUCUCGUGCAGCAGCUGAACACUGUGGUUGGAAGAAACGAUCAUCAUCUCAUCAUGGAAAAUAGACUGAAACUAUCUCAUGCAGUCUCACAACUACAGGCUUUCUCUGAACUGGUCCUGAGGAUCUUUUCAAUGGACUGCAAGAAAAUGUCGAUGGAGAUUUUUGAGCAGACAAUGCCAUCAGCAAAACACUGGAGAGUCAACAAUAAAACAGGAUUACCCAGCACCCCGAGUGAUUAUGCAGUCUUUGCAGCUCAGAGUGUGCUUGGCCAGGUGUUCGAGGGAGUGCAGCCCCUACCGGAUGAGACUCGCAUUCCAGCACUGGUAGAAGCCAUGACUGCCUUCAUGGAGGCCUGGAUGGAGCACAUCCUCAAACAGAAAAUCAAAUUCAGUGUUCAUGGAGCCCUGCAGCUGAAGCAGGAUUUUGAUCUCAUUCGAGAGUUGAUUCGUUCAGAGAAGUACAGCCUGUCGGAGGAGCUGCACCACCGGCUUCUCUCACUGCGUGUCUUUCAUCAAGUGGACAGCGCCAUAGUGUGCCUGUUACAGCAACCUGUGACCAAACCGUACAUGCCCUCUCACAGAUGGGAGGCUUUCAGGCACUGCUGCCCAAACAGGGCACAGGUAGUGGACCAGGCAGUUGGAAGCCUCAAUAAUCUGGAGACUAUAGACAUCCAGGCUGCCUGUCAACAGGCCUUGACUCAAGCAGAAGGCUCUGGGAGCCCUGAACUGCUCUCCACAACUCCACCAGAGUCCUACCUAGCUGUGGCACAGCAGGAGUGGCUGAACCUGCGCAUCCACACCAGCUCUCGCUGGAGGAUCCCUGGGCUGCGCUGUUUCACCAAAUCUGAGCCCUGAAACACUGAUACAAACAUUUAAUCGUCAAGCUAAACAACAGUCACAGUUGUGAAAGUAUGAAGUUCACACUGCUGAAUUAACAAUAUGAAGUACUUUGAAAACAGUUAACUUUUUUUAAUUGAAACAUUUUAAUUGAUAUUUCUAGUAGCUAUUAGUAACUAUUAACAUCUUUCUAAACAUAACUGACACAACUGAACAAACUUAAAAGAUUUUUUAGUUUUUAUUUAAUAAGCAAUCUUUUUUUUACAUAUUAAAAUGUUUGGAAUGUGCCAUAAUAGUUUAUUUUAAAGCAUUUUGGCAUUUUUGUAUGUUACAGAUCUUAUGAUAUUGCAACUAAUGCUAUAGAACAUUGAUGUAAAUGUGUUAACAGAAGGUGCUGAGGAAGAUUUACUGAAUUUAAUUUAUGAUGGUUAAAACCAAAGCAGGUCACAUCUGGUAUAUUUGGAUAAACCGAUAUAUAUAAUAUAUAUUUUUUUUAAAUAAUGUGCCUUUUUAUGUUUCUUAUACUGUACUGUAUAUUAUGAUAAAAAUAGGUUUAUGGACAUGUAACUCUU